AUAUUUGCUGUGAAAUAGUACACGUUUGCGUACACUGAAAUUGAAAAAUAUGGCUGCCGGUUUACUAUCCCAUUUGGAGCCGUUCGAUUGUCGAAGCGGAGAUUUCGAUUACUAUCUGGAGCAGUUUGAGCAAUUGUUACUGCUGAAUUCCGUCGACGAUGAGGCCAAAAAAGUGUCACUGUUUAUUACUAGUAUUGGACAGGAUGCCUACCGCGUUCUAAAGGAAAGCUGUGAUCCGGUGGAUCCAAAAGAGAAAUCUUUCGAAGAAUUGAAGACAACCUUGCAGCAAUACUUUGCCUGUCGCCAGUUCUACAGACGAAAUCAACGCCCAAACGAACGAUUAGGAGCAUUUAUCAAUGAUGUGAAACGGCUCUCACUCAAGUGCAGCUUUGGUCCGUUUGCGAAAGAAGCCCUUCGCGAUCGAAUUGCAUGUGGAAAAUUACCGGAAGUUAAGACUGAUAAGCCUGUACCCCAUCCACCGGUCCAGGUUAUAGUUCAACAAACACCAACCCCAAAACCGGCACCAGAUCCAGCUGCAGCGAAACCCAAACAACUGAAGCAACCUUAUGCUCCCAAGGUACCACAGACAAUCAGUCCAGCGCAACCGAGGACCGAAGGUCAGAAGCAGAAGCGACCACAAAAAGCCCGAGUCGAACAAUGCUGUCAAAUUUGCGGCGACUCACACCACAAGGAAGCCGAUUGUGAGAAUCAGGGUUGCCAAUUAUCCUGAUUUUUCUGUAUUAUAUAGACUUUG